AUGUUAAUUCUUUUUUUAUACUUUGAUAGAGUUGAAGUCACUGAUUUAUAAAUAAGGGAGCUUUUUUAAUUUUAUAAUCCUGGGACAUAAUUAAAUAGAAGGAGAUUAGUAGAAACAUCAAUUUCUAAUUAAUUUAUCUACAAAGUAUAUUAUGCUGGUAUAGAUUUGAUACAAUAUAUUUUUUUCUUUCAAUUCUCUGUUAUAAAUGAGAAAAAACUGGUGUAACAGGAAUUGAAGCGUCUAAAAACAAUUUAAUCAAUUUUAGGAUUUACAUCAAAUGUCCUUGUAAUGUUAAAUGUAAUGUUGUAUUAACAUAACUUAGUGUACAGAUCUGACAUGUAAAUCAAAUACUCCAGUCUCAAAUUUUAUUAUAAUAAAUUGUCUCAACAAUUGGUAUUGA